AUGGCAGGCCGAGUCCUCGUAGCAGCACUCUGUUUCUCAGCCGUGGUCUCUCUCACGUCGCGAUCUGCAAGCAGCUUCGUGGCAGCCAAGAGCACCUUUCGGACCCCGAGACUCCGCGCCAGGACCCUCCGGCCUGCAGGGAAUUCCGAGUACAGCUAUGAGCCAUUCUCAUGGGCACUUGAUGUCUCGAUCCCAGAAGGUGAAACAGAACAGGUCUUGGAGCUCUGCGACAUGAACACCGUUUGGCCUGGCAAUGCGGGAUCCAUCGACCGCGAGGGCUUUCGCGCGCGCCUGAAAGGGCGAGGUGCUCGCAGCGACAAGGCGAUCGACACGAUCUUCAACUGCUUUGCAGGGGGGACGUGGCUAGCAACUAACCGGGAGCUAGUGGAGGAUCUGUUGCAGAAAUGCCGCUCUGGGGGCAAGGUUGAUGCCGGACCAAUCGGCGUUGCUCUUGGAGCAAGGCUUCAAAUCAUUGGAGCCUGGCUGUUCUUGAAUGUCUUCUCAACCUUUGCAGGGUACUUUGUGAUCGGCCGCCCGAUAUUGGCCUCUCAAUUUGGCAUCGAUUUGCUUCCAAGCCUACCGCGCUGGUGGGAGUAA